AUGCCUUCCACGCCCGAUGCCUCGCCCACUGCAUACCCGUCCCCUUCGCCUGGCCGCCGCUUCUUCAACCGUAUCAGUUCUCCGUUCGGCAACAGAGCUCGCAACAUUCCAGAAUUCGAGAUCAAAGCAGACGAUCCACAUAAACAAUACUCGCCGGGUGACGUGGUAGCGGGAAGUGUGCGUCUGCGCGUGACCAAGCCGACUCGCGUCACCCACAUCGUUGCCCGCCUGCAUGGCUACGUGCAAGUCUUCAAGAAUCCAGGGUCGCCUGGAGAAAGCUACCGCGCCAAUCCCGCCUACCUGACCACGCAUCGAGGUAGCAAGUCCGGCGAGUACUUUGGCAAUGGCUUCGCAUCUCUUUUCGAGGACGAAGUCGUUCUCUGUGGCGAUGGUAGGCUCGCAGAAGGCGCGUACCAGUUCAAUUUCGAGCUCGAGUUUCCGGACCGCGACUUGCCAAGCAGCAUUGAGUUUGAACGCGGCACCAUCUGCUACCAGAUCACGGCCACCAUGACCCGGCCGACGACCAUGUCACCGAUCUUGACGACUGAAUCUAAGGUGUAUUUCAUGGAACGGAUCGACAUUGCUCCGCUGUACCCGCCCAAGCCGACCACGAUCACACUGGAACCAGUUGCACGGAGACUGCGUGUCAAGAAGCAAGCACGAAAACUGGUCGAUCCAGCUGACAGACGGAGUCGGAAGUCUGGCUCUGGUCAACAAGGUAGCGAUCCCCAUCGAGAUAGCGAGACUUCUUCGGUUCCAACAUCCAGCGUGGAAACCGAUGUACCACAGAGUCCUGGCGCGAGUGAGAUGAGCUCGACCAGCGGCGAGGGUAGCCAAGGCCAGGAGUCUCGAUAUGAGAUCAGGCAGACGACUUCUCCAACAGCAUCUAGAGCUAAUACCAGCAAAACUUCACUGCCCUACAAGGUCAUCACCACCAGAAUCGAGUCACAGGCAGGCGGAUGCUUGAGAGGUGAUAGUAUCCCUGUCAAGAUCAACGUCGAUCACACGAAACAGGUGAAGAGCAUGCACGGAGUGAUCGUCACUUUGUACCGUGUGGCUCGAGUCGACAUGCGACCUUCAAUCCCAUUGGGACCGACCGAAAAAGGCAAGGAUGCUAAGUUCGAGGAGUACUACCCCAAAUCAAUGACUGGUCUUGGCGGUCUGUCCCUGUCUGGAGCAGGAUCCAGCCAUGUCUUUCGAAAGGACUUGUCGCAGACUAUGGCUCCGCUCUACAUCGAUCCGCAGUCGCUGACGGCGGAGAUCAACACACGAGUACGAGUGCCGGAAGAGGCUUUUCCUACCAUUUCGACCGUACCCGGCCAGAUGAUCAGCUUCAAGUACUAUGUUGAAGUGGUGCUGGAUGUUCAAGGUCGCUUAGCAGGUCAGGACCGGACCUUCUCGAACCUGCCUGGCCAAGCAGGAUUGCUGAAAAACAAUCUUAGCAUGGACGUGAACGACACAGAGCGAUCGGCGUUUACGCCGUUUGGGUCGACUAUCAUUGACACUGCCUCUAUUCGUCGCGAUAAAAGUGUUGUCGCCAGUAGCUUUGAGGUCAUCGUGGGGACCAAGGACAGCGAAAGAAAGAAAGGCAAGCGGAAGAUGGUGGACGCUGUGGCCACACAACAGGAUGCGCCCAAUGAGUGGCCAAGAGAACACGAAGAGACCGAACAACCACACCAAGCACAUAAUCCGCACCCCGGAUACGAUUGGUACGACGCAGCGGCGUACGAGGAUCCGAGGUACUAUGAGCAGCAGUACUGGUACUACCAGCAACAUGGACACUUCAUGCCAGAGCACCCACCCCUGGCCGCUCAGUCCCAAGGCUACGAUGCGCCGCCUCCUCUGCCGAUGCCGCAAUUGGAGGACGAGUCUCAGAUGUCUGAAAAGGAGCGCAUACGGCAGGCAGAGACGCGAUUACUACCCAGUCAGCCUCCAGGCAUGGAGCCAGAUCAAGAAGACGGACAUCCUUCCUCCGCGCCCACUGCGCCGUACCUGCCAGAGGAAAACGGGAAUGGACAUGCGCCUCCAGCAUGGCAUGCCGGACCAAGUUCGCAAGCGAUGUCGUCCGGCACCAAUCACCAGAACGGAAGCAUGUCCCCGAACGGGCACCACCACGCCAGUGCGCCAGCCUACGAACCUCCCGCAGCCGGCUCAUCCGUCCACGCCGCUGCCACUGCUGGCGCCACAGGCGACAAGCAAGAACUUCACCGCCAGCAGCUCGAAGCAGCAGCCUCUGCUCCGCCGAUGGACGACGAUGAAGAUACCGACGCCGGGCCUGCGACGGCACCAGACCACGCACCGUCCGCUCCUACGUUAGAGCAGGCGAGCGGGGGGAACGAGGAUGUACACGAUAGUCACGCCGACGCGCAGGGCGAGAGUGCGCUGCCGAGGUAUGAACGAUAG